CCUUCAUCUUCUUCUUCAUCUUCUUCUUCCUCAACCUCCCUGCAACUCAAACUCCAUUUUUCACCUCAGAAAACAGUCAAUUUCAAUUCCAAUUUCAACUUCAACUUCAAUUUCACUUUCAAUUUCAGACACAUGCAAUCCAAAACCCUAACACCACAAUGACAAUUAUACACCACUCAAUCUCCCCCCUUCUCAUCCGUACCGACCACAAUUUCCCCAAAUUCACCACCACAAACCUCCAAUUUCACAACCGCCGGUCCAUAAUAAUCUGCGAAAACUCCACAACAAAACCACCAGUCUCCAGAUCCAGAACCAGAUCCAAACCCAAACCCAAAGAACUCGUCUUCGGUUACCCUACAAACACCGUCGAAAAAGGCAAAUACAGCUACGAAGUCGAAAGCUUACUCAACAAACUCUCCGGCUUACCGCCACGUGGCAGCAUCGCCCGUUGUCUCGAACCCUUCAAGAACAAACUCAGCCUCAAUGAUUUCGCAUUAGUCUUCAAAGAACUCGCUCAACGUGGAGACUGGCAACGAUCUUUACGCUUGUUUAAACAGAUGCAAAGACAGGUUUGGUCUAAACCCAAUGAUCAUAUAUACACAAUAGUUAUAGGUAUAUUAGGCCGUGAGGGGUUACUAGAUAAGUGCUAUGAGGUGUUUGAUGAAAUGCCUAAGGAAGGUGUUGCCAGGACUGUGUUUAGUUACACUUCGAUUAUUAACGCGUAUGGGCGCAACGGGCAGUAUGAGAUGUCGUUAGAGCUGCUAGAUAGAAUGAAGAAGGAGCGGAUUCCGCCUAACAUUUUGACGUAUAAUACGGUUAUUAAUUCGUGUGCGAGAGGCGGGUAUGAUUGGGAAGGGUUGUUGGGGUUGUUUGCGGAGAUGCGGCAUGAAGGGUUGCAGCCGGAUUUGGUUACUUACAACACUUUGCUUGCGGCCUGUGCGAAUAGAGGGUUGGGUGAUGAGGCGGUGAUGGUGUUUAGAACGAUGAAUGAAGGUGGGACGAUUCCGGAUACUACUAGUUAUGAUUAUUUGGUUCAGACGUUUGGGAAGUUGGGUGAUCUCGGUAAGGUUUCGGAGCUGCUUAGGGAGAUGGAGUCUCGAGGGAAUUUACCGGAAGCGUCGUGUUAUAAUGUUUUGUUGGAAGCGUAUUCGGAUUUGGAGAAAACUAAGGAGGCGAUGGAUGUGUUUAGGCAGAUGCAAACGGCGGGUUGCGUACCGAAUCAGAUGACGUAUACGGUUUUGUUGAAUCUGUUCGGAAAGCAAGGGAGGUACGAUGAGGUUCGGGAGCUUUUUCUUGAGAUGAAAGUUAGUAGUAUGGGGAUAGAUGCUAGUACGUAUAAUAUACUUAUCGAUGUUUUCGGGGAAGGUGGAUAUUAUAAUGAAGUGAUAACUUUGUUUAACGAUAUGGUAGAUGAAAACAUUGAACCAAAUAUGGAAACGUACGAGGGUUUGAUAGUUUCAUGUGGGAAAGGCGGACUUCAUGAGGAUGCUAAACGGAUUCUACUACACAUGAGAAAGAGUGGAUUGGUUCCAAGUUCUAAGGCGUAUACGGGGAUUAUCGAAGCUUAUGGUCAAGCUGCAUUAUAUGAAGAAGCGCUUGUUACUUUUAAUACGAUGAAUGAACUAGGAAGCAAGCCAACUGUUGAAACGUUUAAUUCCUUAAUCGAUGUUUAUGCUAGAGGGGGUUUGUAUAAGGAAUCUGAAUCGAUAGUUUCGAGGAUGAGUGAGUGUGGUGUUUCGGGGAAUAAUGAUACUUAUAAUGGUGUGAUUGAAGCGUAUAGACAAGCGGGACAGUUUGAAGAUGCGAUUAAAGCUUAUGUCGAUAUGGAAAAAGUGAAAUGCCACCCAGAUGAAAGGACACUGGAAGCGGUUUUGAGUGUUUACUGCUUCGCGGGUCUUGUGGAUGAAAGUGAAGAACAGUUUCAAGAGAUUGAGAAAAUGGUUGAGUUGCCUAGUGUCAUGAGUUACUGCAUGAUGCUUGCAAUUUAUGCAAAAAGUGAAAGGUGGGAUGAUGCUCAUAAGUUGCUGGAUGAGAUGAUACGAUGCGAUUCAUCAAAUAUUCAUCAGGUAAUCGGACAAAUGAUUAGAGGAGACUACGACGACACUUCUAAUUGGCAAAUGGUGGAGUAUGUUUUCGAUAAACUCAACAACGAAGGCCGUGGUUUAGGGUUGAGAUUCUACAACACGCUUCUAGAAGCUCUUUGGUGGUUAGGGCAAAAGGAAAGAGCUGCAAGAGUGCUUAAAGAAGCAACAAAAAGAGGACUUUUUCCUGAAAUGUUCCGCAACAGCACACGCGUGUGGUCUGUUGAUGUACACAGGUUGUGGUCUGGGGGUGCGUGCACAGCUAUCUCAGUUUGGUUUAAGAACAUGCAUCAGAUGUUAGCGGAUGGCGAAGAUCUUCCUCAUCUAGCUUCUGUUGUUGUAGUAAGAGGCGAGAUGGAAAAGAGCUCCAUAACACGCGAUUUUCCUGUUGCAAAAACCGUGUAUUCGCUUUUAAAAGAUAAUGUUUCAUCGUCAUUCUGUUUGCCCGGAUGGAACAAGGGUAGAAUUGUGUGUCAACGAGCUCAGCUCAAGAAGAUUCUAGCAGAUAUGGGUUCUGAAAAAGGCGGGAUUAUCGAUUUGAGUAAUGUCCCGAUUCCUGUUCAGGAUUCCAAAAGCUACAAGCCUCGGGUGAAAAAGGGUGGUGUGAGUAAUAGUGAAUCAAGGAUAGGUGUAAAUGGCGGGACCAGUAUCGAUACAAGAACGGAGCUCGUUACGGGGCCCGUUUAAAAGACAGAACAUGAGCGGUGGACUUCAGUCUAGAUGCAUCCCGAAUGGCUCUGGUUGCUACAGGAUCAAGUGAUUAGAAUCAUAUACAGUAAUAGUAAAAAGUGAUGUUGUGAUAGUAGUUUUAAAAUGGUAGAAUUCGAACCCAAAUUUUGCUCUGUUGACUAGACUAGACUAGCCAUUAUAUAAUGAGGUCUGCAUACAUCGUCUGUAUCCCCUAAUGUGUUCUUUUGGUAUGAGGUUACAUUAUAUGGGAAUUAUAAGGUAUUAAGGCUA